AUGGAGUCUCCAAGAAGAGGAGGUUCUGAGGAGAAGAGUAGUUGUGAAUCAGGAUGGACUAUGUACAUAGAAGACACCUUCCAUGGAAACCAUCACUCUGAGGCUGUCUAUGAAGAAUAUGAUGAUGAUAGUAGUGAAAAUGGGAGCGAUGACUCGAUGACUUCUGAUGCAUCUUCAUGGCCUAGCACUCAGCUUCCAAGGAAGACCAAGAAUCAUGCAGCUGCAAAGAAGAGUAAUGCCAAACAAGCUAAUCAUCAGACAAAGAACCGAGCUAGCGAAAAAUUCACCGAACAAGAAGAAGAAUCUGAGUUCAAGGGUAGAACAAGAACCACUGGAGCUAGUCAUGUUCGAAGUAGAGGCAAGGUGAGCAAAACCAAAUAA